UGAUAGAUAACUAGAUAGCUAGAUAGAUUAAGCAAUCAAAACACAUAGACACAUAGACACAUAGCUUGGGAUAUUUGUAUUAUAAACAUAAAGUAUACAUAUACAGAUACAUAAAUUAUACUUUUUUGUUGCUUUGCUUUAUUACCCUUAUAUCCCAUACUUAUACAUAUAUAAUUAUAUAUUAUACUUUAUUUAGCUAUAUAAAUAAAUUAAUAACAACAAUAUAAUACAUUGUCACUAUCACUAUUAUUAUGCGUCCAGUCACACGUCUCGUUAACCCUAUCCAAUCCACUCUUAUGAGUGCAAACGGUCGCUUGGCUCAAACAACACGUUGGAUGUCCGGAGUCGCAACUACAGAAGCUCAAGAGGUUCUCUUUCAAAAAAAUCUCGGCGUGCGUAAUAUCAUUCUCAAUAGACAAAAGAAACUCAAUGCACUCAACCUGCCUAUGGUUCAAGCCAUGCUCCCAAAAGUCCAGGCGUGGGAAAAAUCUGAUUUGGCAAAGAUCAUUUUACUCAAGAGUUCUGGAGGAAAAGGGUUUUGCGCAGGCGGUGAUGUGAAAACUGUUGUGGAUCUGGUUGAUGCAAAGGACGAGUCUGCAGCAACAUUCUUCGAGGUUGAGUACCAAUUGGAUCAUUCUAUCGCAACUCUCAACAAGCCAUUUGUGGCUCUUAUGGAUGGAAUCACCAUGGGUGGUGGUGUUGGACUUUCUGUACAUGCUCCUUUCCGUAUCGCUACCGAGAAAACCCUGUUUGCCAUGCCAGAAACUGCCAUUGGGUUCCUGCCUGAUGUAGGAGGCAGUUUCUUUUUACCUCGUCUUGAUGGUGAACUUGGUACCUAUCUUGGCCUGACAGGGUUCCGACUCAAGGCUGUCGAUGUAUUGUAUGCUGGUAUUGCUACUCAUUUCGUUCCUUCUUCCCGUCUCGAGGACCUUGAAAAGCGUUUAUCCGAGAUCGAGAAUCCCACACACGAUAUUGUCAACACUGCCAUUGAAGAGUUUUCGGCUGAAUUAGAUCAAGAGCCCAACUUUUCUAUGGGAGGUGAAGUCCGUGCUGCAAUUGACAGAUGCUUCAAGUAUGAUACUGUCGAGGAAAUCAUUGGUGCUCUCGAAAAGGAAGAUUCGGCUUGGGGUGCUUCUACUCUCAAACUGCUGAACAAAAUGUCACCUACCUCGCUAAAGGUCACACUCCAGCAACUACGCAAUGGGGCUAGUCUGUCGAUUGGCCAGUCAUUCAAGAUGGAAUUCCACCUGGUCCAAAAGUUCUUUGAGGGCCAUGAUUUCAAAGAGGGUGUGAACUCGACACUCGUGACCCGCACGCCACCCAACUGGAACCCCCCAGAUCUUGCGGCAGUCGACCAGGCCAAGAUCCGCCAAGAGUACUUUGAUACGGCUUCAAAAAUCCAUCUCAACCUUUUGUCGACCAAGGACUUUAAGCAGUACCCCCAUCGCAAGUUUGUGUUGCCGAGCGAAGAAGAGAUCAAGCGUGUGGUGACCGGAGAAGCACCGGAUGUUGGAAACUAUGCCUUGAGCCGAGACGAGGUGGUCGAAUACUUUUUGAAGGAUCGUCGAAGCAAGCAAGGUGUCAAGCAAAAGGUCACCGAGGUAUUGGAUCGCAAGACUCGUAUUCUCGGAAAGGGUGACAGCAAGAACCUCAAAUGGUCUUAUUAAAAAAAAACAUAUAAAAUAAUUGUCCUGUUUUCUUGUGGUUUUGUUAACAUGUGAGAUAAGUUUUAGUUAUCAAAAAUGAUGCUAUAUAUAUAUUUAUGGUGUAUAUAAAUAAGCACAGGCCCUGUGUCAUGCAAACUGGUCAAUAAAUGGUUACAAUUUAUAUAUGUAUAUAAUGUCUCUCUUGUUUUACUCUUCUUUAUCUAUAUAAUUAUAAAGACUAUAAGUAAUAAAAACAGAAAUUGUUUAUGAUUUG